CGAAGUAAACGGAAUACAGACUGUCAUGUGUGAUUAAACGGGUGGACUGCAGUUGUUACAGGCGAGCUUGACCACUUCUUUCGCACAUCUCGAUGAUAUUGGAUCAUAAUAACAUAUUUUGUUAGUGUAUUGGACUGAAAGAAAUGUUCUAGUCUGAUAACAUGACUUUAUAGCAAUUUUACAUUUGUGUUGCGAUACCUGUGCACCUUCAUAAAGUUACUAUUAUUCUCCAAGGAGUUUUUUGUUGUUGUUGCUGCCUGCAGAGCUGCAGCCAUGCAGCAGGAGCUUUUGUUCAAAGUCCUAGUCAUCGGAGACUUGGGAGUCGGAAAAACGUCCAUCAUCAAGCGGUACGUGCAUCAGAUCUUCUCCCAGCACUACCGAGCCACCAUUGGGGUGGACUUCGCUCUGAAGGUGCUGCAGUGGGACAAUGACACUGUGAUCCGGCUACAGCUGUGGGACAUAGCAGGACAGGAGCGGUAUGGGAAUAUGACUCGUGUCUAUUACCGGGAGGCGGUGGGAGCGCUGGUGGUGUUUGACGUGACGAGGGCCUCCACGUUCGACGCCGUGCUGAAGUGGAAGGACGACCUGGACUCCAAGGUGACCCUGAACCAUGGGAGGCCAGUUCCAGCUGUACUCUUGGCCAAUAAGUCAGACCAGCUGGCUUCACAGCAGCCCAAACUGGACUCCUUCUGCAGGGACAACGGCUUUGUUGGCUGGUUCGAGACCUCUGCAAAGGAAAACGCAAACAUCGAGGAGGCAGCGCGCUGCUUGGUGGGGAACAUCCUUAACAACGAGGAGAGCCCGGUGGUAGAGCGCGACCCCGGCUCCCUCAUCCUGUCUGGAUACACGAGCACCACGAAGGAUCAUCUCAACUGUUCGUCAUGUGUGAAAUGGUGACUCCUGACCAAUCACAGGCAACCAGGAAGUCAGCUGUGAGGCCGCAGAGUUAAGUUUGGUCCAGGGACUGUUUUGCCCUAAGCCAUAGUGAUUAAUGAAGAUCUUUGUACCAAUGUUGCCAAUGAUAUUUGGUUUUGCUAAAAUGUUUGACAUGAUUCCUGCCGAUCCUUUAAAAAGUAUUUUAAUUUAUUUAGUUUUUUUGUCUGUUUUGUUAAAGAAUGUUUUAGAUUGUUCAUCCUUUUUUGCCAAAGAAAUUGUACAGUAUUAUGUUUUUCUCUAAGAGGUAUUCAAAUGAUUAUUAUCACUGCAUUUACAUUAGUUACAUUUGCACAUGAAAAGUACACCAUUUCAUAUCUAUUAUCAAUAUCUACACUUUUGUACCUUUGCUUCUCUUGCUUGCUUUGAACGUAUUUAACAUUGUGCCUUUGACAUUUGGCUCAACUGCAGCUCCUAAAACUUUGGCACUAAACUCAGACAUAAAAACUAGAAAGCUUCUUUCUCUUUCGCUCAUCAUCAUGCAGUCUGCUACUCGGUCGGUGGAAACGACCGAGCAAAAUGAAGUCUUUAAGAGAUAUGAGAACAGCUACAACUGCAAAUGCUGAAAAUGUCCUAUUUGUCAUGCAUAUUGUGGACUUAAUAUGAGCUGACUGUACCACAAAGGCCUGAGAUGCAUUUUUAAUGACGUGAACUAGAACUUCAAGCUAAACCUUGUGGUUACAAAGCAGACAGCGUCUCCAUCCACCCAGUGUUUACAAGCUUUAACUGCAUAAAUGCAUUCAGACUCACAUAUAUCUAAUAUGUUAACACAGACUGAGCACGAACAUUCAUUUCUGACUUUUAAAUCAGUACUAAAAGUUCUGCAUUUUGGGAAAUAUGCUCAUAAGCUUUGUGGCGGAGAGUUAGAUGAGAAGCUUGAUCUCUUGGUAAACGGGUAGCAGCCAGUUAGCUUCGCUUAGCGAAAAGACUAAAAGCCUGGCUCUGUCCAUACAAAAACAUACCAGCACUUUUAAAUCUAAAAAAACUAACGUGUUAUAUCUUGUUUGUAAAAUGCAUAUUAAAAACUGGAGAGUUUAAAUGUAAAUUCACCUGUUUAUGAAUGAAUAAAAAUG